CCAGUCUUCAACUGACAGCAGAUACGUCUCUCUGGUUCUGCAGGUGUGUCAGGGAGAACUGGAAUCCUAGAAUGAAUUGUGGUGCUGCUAUCGUAAUCCUGCUGCUGUUCGGACAUUGUGCAGCUUUCACUCAGGUAAAUGAAGAUGAGGUUAAACGCUGUAGGUGUCAUGGAUAUCGUAAGGACAAGAUACCCGGGAUUUACAUAACACAAAUUGAUAUCUUUCCCAGGAGUAGAAGAUGCAGAAGAACAGAAAUCAUAGCACGGCUUAUUCCAAAAUACAACAGCUAUCUAAUCUGUGUGGAGAGGACGGCUCCUUGGCUAAAAAUAUUAAUCGAAGAUUUAUUAGCAAAUACCAAGUAAAGAAAAUAAGGACUUCAUUUGCUGAAAUGGUAUUAUACAUUGUGAAAUAUUCUUUUUGCUACAACUUCAGUGUAAAAUGAUUUUAAUUCUGGAAACAUGAUUGUACUCCAAUAUAAGUGUUUCAUUUUAUUAAUAGCUUUCUAAAAGUAAUUAUUAAUAUGUAAUGGGGACACAAGGAACUGCACAUGCUGGUAUCUUGAGCAAACACAAAGUGCUGGAGUAACUCAUGACGUUGGGUCAGGAAAGUCAGGGGCGCCACCCAAAUCAUUGGCUAUCCAUUUCCUCCACAGAUGCUGCCUGACCUGCUGAGUUACUCCAGCACUGUAUGUUUUAAUCAAGGUUCCAGCAUAUGCAGUUCCUUGUGUUUCAAUAUUGUUUAUCUGACAGUUUAUGGCAAUAGAAAAAUAUACUUAUUUCAACAUACGGCCAAUGAGAGAGAAUUUCUAUCCAAUCUGAAAAGAAGUGUUUACUCUGCUUGGUGCUCUGUCCCUUUAUUCAUUUCACAAACAAGCUCUCAAUGCUCCUGUCACAGGGAUCAUAAUCCUGAUAAUAAUCACGCAAGAUGUCACAAUGAACAAUUGUAAACAUGAAAUAUUUCAAUAAACUGCUUUUUGCUCCAACAAUUAUACUGUGGACAUUGUUUCAUUGAGUGGUACAAAGGGUGAAAUGGAACAUGUGACAAUGUUGUGGCUGUGCUGGAAAGAGCACAGAGAUGAUUCACCAGGUAGUGUGCCUUGGUGACUAUCAUCUGGUGGAUCCAACAUCCAGCAUCAUGAAGUACUUUGAGAGGCUGGUGGUUGCGUACACUAGCUCCAGCCUCCCACACAGCCUUGAUCCACUGUAAAUCAGCUACUGCCGCAACAGGUCAAUGCCAUCUCCCUCGCCCUGCACUCUUCCCUGCAACAUGUAGAUAACAUAGACACCUACAUACAACUACUAAUUGUUGAGCAUAGCUCUGCCUUCAACACCAUAAUGCCAUCCAAAUUCAUCCCAAAACUGCUGGACUUUGUAAUCUGCACCCUCCUCGGCAACUGGAUCCUUGACUUCUUAACUAUAGACUGCAAUCAGCAAGGAUAGGCAACAAAACAUCCUGCUCAUUAAUUCUCCACUCCAGUGCCCUGCAAGUAUAUGUUCUAAGCCCCUUAAUAAACACAAUUGUGCAGCUAAACUCUGCUACAACUCCAUUUAUACCGAACUGAAACAAACCUUUGUUGGGACAAAGUUAUUCACAUGGAUGGUCUGAAAGCUUCAGGGUCAGAUACCGCACACACUUAAAUUAGUGUUGUGAGGGUUGAUUCUCUGAGAACACAAACAGAGUCUUGGACUCAUGCAGUUAUACAGUGCAUGCUCAGAAACAGGCCCUUCAGCCCUACUUGUCCAUGCUGACCAAGCUGCCCUAUCUACACUGGUCCCAUCUGCCCAUGUUUGGCCCAUAUCCCUCUAAACAUUUCCUGUCCAUGCAACUGACCAAAUGUCUUUUAAAUGUUAUGAUAGCAUCUGCCUCGACUUCCUCUGGCAGCUCGUUUCAUAUACCCACUGUGUGUGAAAAACUUGCAACUCAGAUUCUUAUUAAAUCUUUCCCCUCUCACCUUAAACCUAUGUCAUCUGGUUCAUGAUUUCCCUACUUUCGGUAAAACAUUGUGUCCACCUAUUCUAUCUUCCCCCUCAUGAUU